AGGAUACCUAUCCGCUAGAAAGGACAGGGAGAAAUGGCUGAUGCUAUAGCUGAUACAAGAAGGCUCUACACUAAGCCUCAAAACCUUAAUGACGCCUAUGGACCUCCGAGUAAUUUUCUAGAAAUCGAUGUGAGCAACCCUGAGACGACCGGGGUUGGCAGAGCGAGAUACACAACCUAUGAAGUCAGACUGAAGACCAAUCUACCGAUCUUCAAGCUGAAGGAGUCUUGUGUUCGAAGGCGGUACAGCGACUUUGAGUGGCUCAGAGCGGAGCUGGAGAGAGAAAGCAAGGUGGUCGUUCCACCUCUCCCAGGAAAAGCUUUCUUCCGUCAGCUUCCGUUUCGAGGCGAUGACGGCAUAUUUGAUGACUCUUUCAUCGAGGAGCGGAGGCAGGGUCUGGAGCAGUUCCUCAACAAAGUGGCCGGUCACCCUCUAGCGCAGAACGAACGCUGCCUGCACAUGUUUCUACAGGAUGAGAUCGUGGACAAGAGCUACACCCCGUCCAAAGUCAGACAAGCCUGAACAGAAAAAAAUACAAAAAAAAGUUGUCUCUGCUUUGCCUGGCCUGGUCUGGUCUGGCCUGGCCUGGCCUGGCCUGGUCUAGCUCUGCUCGGUCUCACUUGGCCCCACAACCCAAAGCUCUCUCCAGGUUCCUCCUGAACGAUAAACAAAGUGAUAGUUUCUCUCAUCGUCACAGCUCCAAAAACCCUACGAUUCAUUGCCUGUUUUUGUUUAAUUACUAACUGAUUAAUGUCUGUUUUCACCUUUUUAGUUGGAGUUAAGAAUGUUCGACACACAGCUGGUCUAAAGUGAUUUAUAGUUCUAUCUCUUUGUCUGGAAAUGCCACUAACACAGAUAUAUAUUAUAUAUUUAUCAUGAAGCAAUGUCCUGAAUAUAUUCUUUUAUACGUUAUCAUGUAUUCGACUUUCUCUGUAUGCAAAGCCACAGCGUUUUGCCGUGGAGGACUGGCAUUUCGCUCAUCAUAACUGAACACGCAUACACGCAUUUGAAGAUGARCCCUGACUUAUUGUUGUCUUUAAAAAAAAAAAGAGUAUGUUUGUGCGCGCGUGCAUGUGUGUUUGUGUGCGACUCUCAACCAGCACCUCCCCAGCUGUCACAACGAUUUCUAGCAAACAAUUUACACAGAGGGAACUGCAGUAUUUCUACUGGCUUUAUGCAUUUUGAGAUUUGUAUACUGCUGUGCCAUUUUUGUUUAUUUUGAAGAUUUUCCAAUAAAACAGGUGAAAUGUC